AAGGGGGCGCACUUCCUGUGUUCUAGGCUGGCCUUUUCCUCUCCCAGGUGCGCUUCCCUGCUUGAUCUGUGUACCCUGCUCUUUCUCCUUCAUUCCGCAGCCUCCUUUGCCGUGUUACCUGCAGGUACUGGACGGUCCCUAGAUAGGAUACUGGGACGCUCCUGAAGCCGCGAGAUGAGCCACCAUCACUCAUGUUCUUGAGUGGGAACUGCCUGGAGAGCCUGAAGAAGGAGGAGCCUGAAGGAGGAAGGAGGAGGCUGAGCCAUCCUGGGAACAUGGGCUGGAUGAGGCCAAGCCAGGAGAUGACACCACCGAAUAGAAGUCACCAUUCAGGAUUUAGGCUGUUCUGUGGAGAUCCUGGCCCCAAGAGUGAACCCUUUACCCUGCAGGAGACGGUGCUGGAGAUCCACCAGGUGUUCAUGGACCAUGAAUACCCAUGUCGCCACAUCACUUCUCACUGCACCUGGGUGGCAGCACGCUGGACCACAUCUCAGAGCUGCGCAGCAUGGCAGGGCUGCAGGCAGGUUUGCUGCUCCACGUGGUGGAAGAGCCCUGCACAGUGCACAAGGCCCACAGUGACGAGUGCCACAUCUGAGACUGCUCAGGAGCCUGGACCCAGGUCCCACAGAUGGCAGGAGCAGAAAGGCUUGGAGAUGGACCCCACCAACUGCACACCACCCAAGUACAUCCUGCUAGGGAACCUGGAACAGCCACCGUGUCCCCUGCAGCCCCAGAACGGUGGCUAAAAGCCCCUGAAAGUGCUUGCCAUGAGCGGCUGGUACCUGUCCCCUGGGAACUGCGAGAUGCACAGGGACCUCGUGUACCUGUUUGUGAUCACAGCCAAGGACCAGCGAGGCAGCAUCACCACAUCCACACUGGGCUUUUAC